CUUGGUUUGAAUCUUGACCUUGAAUCAACUGGCCCUGGUGUAUUUGAUGCUUUGUUUUCGAGUUUCUCCAUGAUACUUGUGACCGAGAUUGGGGAUGAAACGUUUAUUAUAGCGGCGUUGAUGGCUAUGCGACAUCCUAAAGCUACUGUUUUAUCGGGUGCACUUUCCGCUUUGUUUGUUAUGACUAUACUUUCCACUGGACUUGGUAGAAUAGUGCCAAACUUGAUAUCAAGGAAGCACACCAACAGCGCUGCUACAGUUCUCUAUGCAUUUUUUGGUUUGCGAUUACUCUACAUUGCUUGGAGGUCUACUGAUUCAAAGUCAAAUCAGAAGAAGGAAAUGGAGGAAGUUGAAGAGAAGCUUGAGUCAGGCCAAGGAAAGACACCUUUCCGUCGCUUAUUCUCAAGAUUUUGUACCCCAAUAUUUCUAGAGGUAAUCUUCCAUUGGGCAUAUUGAUGCUUUUGGUUUGUACA